UGAAGGAAGGAGCGAGCUCUGAUUGGUCGGAGGGCGUGUCAAUCACCCACAGCCGUCUGUCUAUGGGUUUGCCUGGCUCUCUCUGUUAGCAUGCUAAUGUGCAAAGCAAACUCUUAAGUCAACUUUGCCUUGUGCGGCAGUAUGGAUACGAACGCGAGCAGGUAGUUGACUGAAUCAGCAAGAAAGUUGAAUUUAGCGAAAAUCAAGUGGACAUAUCGUUUGAAAACUACGCCAACAAAUGUUCCGGCAUAUUUGCCUGCUCGACGAGUGCGAGAAGUUCUUAGUUUACAUGGAAAACCGCUUGUUGUGUGUGUGAGUGCUGGGACUUGAAUACUUCUGAAGUCAGCUUGAAAAAGCAUUUGAGGACAAUGAAUCUGUCUUUUGACGACCCGUCACUGGACAACUUGGACUCCAGUUUGUCUUUACAUGAUCCGAGUGAUAUUGACACGGCUCUGCUCAGUGACAUCGAUGAUAUGCUCCAGCUUAUCAACAACCAGGACAUGGAGUUUGGAGGGCUGUUCGAUCACACUUCAUUUCCUGCUCCCGCAGCGCCCACGCAGGAGCUCUCAGCCCUGCCUCACUCCAGCCCUUCCUCUCCUCCACCCACCUCUUCUACGCCCACCAACACCUCCUCCAUCCUCAGCAGCAGCCCGCACCUGGACGCCCUGCUGGGCCCCCCCAUCACCCGCAGCUCCUCCAUCCCGGACAAAGUGUUCCACCCUCCCACUUUCCAGCAGUCUCCUCUGGCACAGGUGACCUCCACCCCGGCCAAACCUGCCACACUGCAGACUACGCAGCCCAAAGCUCAGCCCGCUCCAUCUCCCAGCCUCCACCCUUCCACCCCGGCGGCCCAGAGCCAACCUACCACGGCUGUGAAGAGCCCUACUGCGUUCGGCACCACCCAGCAGGUUCUCUUCAGCUCACCGACACCCCAACCACCGCAGCAGCAGCAGCCUGUCGUCACUUACCCCAUCCAAAACGGUUAUACAGCUGUCACUCAGCAGAGCUCUCCUCAGCCAAUCCCGAAUCUCCCCGCCUCCCCACAGAAUGUUCAGCCAAUGGCCAUUCAAGCCCAGGUGCAUAGCCUCUCGACUUCACCAAUCCUGACCACCUCCUCCAGCCCACCCACACAGACAAUCUCCCCUCAGGUUCAGCAGGUUCCUGUUUUGUUGCAGCCGCAGUUCAUUAAGGCAGACUCUCUCUUGCUCACAACUCUGAAGCCUGAUGUAUCUAUGGUAACAACAGUAGCGACACCCUGCAUCACGUCGCUGGCUACAUCCACUGCCCCAGUCCAGAACACCUCACUGCAGGCGCUGAUGAGUGGAGGCACCAUCCUGACCACCGUUCCACUGAUGGUGGACACAGAGAAACUGCCCAUCAAUCGCAUCGCCAUCAGCGGGAAACCAGGCGGACAGCCACAUAAGGGCGAGAAACGCACCGCCCAUAACGCCAUUGAAAAACGCUACCGCUCCUCCAUCAACGACAAGAUUAUUGAGCUCAAAGACCUGGUGGCUGGGACGGAAGCUAAGCUCAAUAAGUCAGCAGUGUUGAGGAAAGCCAUUGACUACAUUCGCUACCUUCAGCAGUCCAACCAAAAACUAAAGCAGGAGAACAUGGCACUCAAAAUGUCCAUCCAGAAGAACAAGUCUCUGAAGGACCUUGUGACCAUGGAGGUGGACGUGAAACCAGAAAUCCCCACCCCUCCAGCAUCAGAUGUCGGCUCGCCUCAAUCCAGCGGCGCCUACUCCCACCACGGCAGCGACUCGGAGCCGGACAGCCCAAUGGUAGAAGACAGCAAGCCUGUGGUGGAGAGGGCUGGAGGAAUGCUGGAUCGCUCUCGCAUGGCUCUGUGUGCCUUCACCAUGCUCUUCUUGUCCUUUAACCCGUUGGCUUCUCUGCUGUGUGGCGGCUGGAGUAGCUCUGGGGCGUCUGUCUCUGGACACACAGGAAGGAGUAUGCUGGCAAUGCAGGAAACAGCUGAGUCUUGGGGUUGGAUGGAUUGGAUGUUGCCCACUCUUCUGGUGUGGCUGUUAAACGGUGUUCUGGUUGCUGGAGUUUUGAUCCGACUGCUCGUGUAUGGAGAACCUGUGACCAGACCUCACUCAGAAUCAUCUGUCCUCUUCUGGAGACACCGCAAGCAGGCUGACCUGGAUCUAGCCAGGGGAGACUUUGCUCAGGCAUCUCAGAACCUCUGGACGUGUCUCAAAGCUCUUGGUCGACCUCUACCCACGUCGCAGCUGGACCUGACCUGUGCUGUGCUGUGGUCCGCCCUGCGUCUGUGUCUGCAGAGACUCUGGGUAGGCCGCUGGCUAGCCAGCCGUGCUGGAGCCCUUCGUUCCAACCGCCCCCUACAGGAAGAUGCCCGCAAGAGCUGCCGUGAUGCCGCUUUGGUCUACCACCGUCUACACCAACUCCACAUGACCGGUAAGCUCGGAGGAAGCCACCUCUCUGCCAUCCACAUGGCACUGAGCGCUCUUAACCUGGCUGAGUGUGCAGGAGACUGUCUCCCUGUUGCCACACUGGCAGAAAUCUAUGUGUCUGCAGCCCUACGGGUUAAAACCAGCCUACCCCGUCUGCUUCACUUCACUACUAGAGUGUUCUUGAGCAGCGCUCGGCAGGCUUGUCUCUCACCAAGCGGCAGCGUCCCUCCUGCCAUGCAGUGGUUGUGUCACCCUCUGGGUCAUCGUUUCUUUGUGGAUGAGGACUGGUCCAUACGCAGCACCCCUAAAGAGAGCAUCUACAGCCAGGCAGGAAACUCAGUUGACCCACUGGCUCAGGUGACGCAGGCGUUCCGGGAGCAUCUGUUGGAAAAAGCCCUCUACUGUGUGGCACAGCCUCGAGGAGACAAGACCCUCACUGAUGGGGACGGGGAAUACUCAGACGCUCUGGAAUACCUGCAGUUACUCACCAGCGCCUCAGACGCAGCAGGAGCCACGACACAGUCCUUCGCCAUCGGAUCAAACAUGGCCACCGUCACAGGCUGUGACCCUCACUCCAAAUGGUGGUCGUCAGUGGCCGUGGUGAUAAUUAAUUGGCUCCAGGGCGAUGAUGUGGCAGCAGAGAGAUUGUACCCAGCGGUGGAACACUUGCCCCGCAGCCUUCAGUCUGCUGAGAGUCCACUGCCCAAAGCCUGUCUGAACACUUUUAAAGCGGUGCGCUCCCUGCUGGCCAAACCUGAGAACUACCAGCUCAGCCUGAGCUACUGCGAGAAAGCCAGCGGUCUGUUCAGAGACAGCCUCAACCUCGGCCCACACUGCACCACCAACACUUUAGACAAGCUGGUGCAGUUGCUGCUGUGUGAUCUGUUGUUGGUGACGCGCACUAACGUGUGGAGGGAGCAGCAGGCGGCGUCGCAGCAGAGCUCGCCGACGGCCGCCUCACCUGCAGAGCUGCAGGGCUUCCAGCAGGACCUGAGCUCCCUCCGCAAACUCGCUCAGAGCUUCAGACCGGCCAUGCGCAGGUUGUUCCUGCAUGAAGCCACAGCUCGGCUGAUGGCGGGAGCCAGUCCAACACGCACACACCAGCUCUUGGACCGCAGUCUGCGCCGCCGCGCCACGCCUGGAAGCAGAACAGAGGAGUGCGAGAUGCGUCCAGGCCAGCGCGAGCAGGCAGAGGCCGUGAUGCUGGCGUGUCGCUAUCUGCCCCCUUCCUUCCUGUCCGCCCCGGGCCAAAGGGUGGGCAUGCUGGUCGACGCCGCCCGGACGCUGGAGAAGCUAGGCGACAAACGCACCCUCCACGACUGCCAACAGAUGAUCAUCAAACUAGGCAGCGGAACGACCGUCACGUCCACCUAGCCAACUACACACCAACACACACACACACACUAAAGAGCACUUUUACACACACACACACACACACACACACACACACACACACACCCCAACAUCUCUCCAGAGAAUCAACCUCGCUUUUCAUAUCAGGCCUCAGUCAAUGUCAUCCAGGAACGCAAAGAUGUUUUUUUUGUUUUUCUCCCCAACAAUUCUUCACUGCAUAUCCGAUUACAAGAUGCAGGGGCGAUAACAGGACCCUAUCCUUGAUAUUUUUGAUAUGAAAGUAAUUAUUUAACUUAUUUAUAUGCCCUACACAAAGAUUGAACGGAAGGUAUUUUUAUUCGGUUUCCUUUGUAAAACGAUGCACUGUCAGUGCUGACUUUGGCCACAAGAUGGUGUUUUGGUUGGGUAAACUGGAUUCUGGUCCAACGGGUGCUUGAAUUGGACAUAUAUUGUAGAGCUUUGCUUUACUAUUAGCACCUUUUGAAAGAAAGAAACGUUACGAUAGAGGAAAACAACUGUGAGCUGAAUAAAGUAGUUCCUACUUACCUGUUACCAUCUGGGAUGAAUUCUACAUAUUGAUUUGAGAAAAUUAAGGCUUUAUGAAAGUUCUUUCUUUGUAUAUAUUUUUAACUAAGUGUAUUUAUGAUUUGUCUGACGCUGUAGGUGAGCAGUAUUUGAAGAGGGGCUGAUGGUCGAUUUUGUCGUGCUGCUGAAAUUUAACCAGUUUGAAUGAUUUGAAGUAUUCAUCAGAAAAAAAAAAAAACGGUUUCUACCUGCAGCCACAGUAUGACUUUGUUCGCUGGAUUUGUGUCCAUUUGCACUAUUUAGUGAGUGGGCUGCACGGUCACCUACAGCCCACCGUUUGCCAUUGAAUCUACUAUUUAAUUUGUAUUUCCAACCAGUUUGGUUGUAAAGUCUUCCAUUGGAGUAAUAAUUCCAUCUGCAUUCGAAUGUUAUUGAAGUGUUGAUUAUAAAGCAAAGACAUCAGCGUUAACAUCUUUAUCCAAAGAUAAGAUUUGCAACCUGCAGCUCUUGUUAGGGAGAGAACUAUAUUUAUAUUUCAUUUCUAGCCACCGUUAUGUACGAACUCUGAUUACUAGACACAUUUUAUAUCCGCAGUAACCGUGAGAUUUGCAAUUGACAUUCAUUACUUGUACGCUAACUUUUCUGUAGUGCUUGUGAUCGAGUCUCAAAGAUGAACCGUGUUUAAACUUGCAGACGCACACAUAGUGUAUCCUAUAUUGUCUUAUAUUUGAUUUAUUCUUAAGAUUGUAAAUAAAAGUCUUUUGUAAUGAA